AUAUAUACGAGAAAAGAAAUCCACCAUCCCUUUGCACUUCCCCACUGUAAAACUCUCUCCCUUUCGUUUUUAGGGUUUCUCUCUCUCUCUCAUCAAUUACAUCUGCAGGCUCUCCGAUGGCAGAAGAUCUUCAGUUCGCAUCUCGGACGGACAACAAGCGGAAGUACGAAGAAACACCCCCUCCACCUUCAUCGGCUCCUCGUCGUUCCACUGGAUUCUCCGCUCCGAUCGUUUCGCCGUCACCCGAUUCAACUCAUGCUCAUCCUCCUUCCUACAACAGUGUGCCGCCACCCGUUGAUGAGAUCCAACUCGCCAAGCAGCGAGCCCAGGAGAUCGCAGCUCGUCUCUUCAGCAGCGCUGAAGCGAAGCGUCCGCGCGUCGAAAAUGGAGGAGGCACAGAUGAAACGAAUGAUAAGGGAUUUAGCUCCGGUCCGACAGAUCUUGGACAGAAGCCUCCUGGUCAUCAAAUUGUGAAUUCCCAAGUUGGCAUGGCGCCUCCUUCAGUGAUGCCUGUAACGUAUGGUUUCCAAGGAACAAGUAAAAAGAUUGACAUUCCAAAUGGGAGGGUUGGUGUUAUCAUUGGUAAGGGUGGAGAAACAAUCAAAUACCUUCAGCUUCAGUCAGGAGCAAAGAUUCAAGUAACUAGGGAUAUGGAUGCCGAUCCUAAUUCUCUCACUAGAAUUGUAGAACUAAUGGGUACUCCAGAGCAAAUAAGCAAAGCAGAACAGUUAAUCAGUGAUGUUCUAGCCGAGGCUGAAGCAGGGGGUUCUGGCAUAGUAUCCCGAAGAUUUGCAGGGCAACCUGGAGCUGAGCAAUUUAUAAUGAAAGUCCCGAAUAACAAGGUUGGUUUAAUCAUUGGUAAAGGAGGUGAGACAAUAAAGAAUAUGCAAGCUAGGACAGGAGCUCGUAUUCAGCUGAUACCAUUGCAUCUGCCUCCUGGUGAUACUUCAACGGAAAGAACUGUACAAAUAGACGGCACCAAGGAACAAAUUGAAUCUGCAAAACAAUUGGUCAAUGAAGUUGUCAGUGAGAAUCGUGUUAGAAAUCCAACAAUGGCUGGAGGAUAUCCUCAGCAAGGCUAUCGGCCUCCACGUCCUCCGACGAAUUGGGGUCCACCUGGAGCACCACCUAUGCAGCAACCUGGCUAUGGCUACAUGCAGCCUGGAACUUAUCCGGGGGCACCACCUCAGUAUAACAUGUCUCAGCCACCUUAUGCUGGCUAUCCACCACAGCAAACAUCUGGAGGUUAUUCUUCUGGAUGGGACCAAACACCUGUCCCACCAAGUCAGCAAACCACCCAAGGUGGUGGGUACGACUACUACAACCAACAACCUCCAUCACAGCAGCAACAACAAACUCAAGGAGGGCCUUCAAAUCCUGCUGAUAACUCUAGUUACACUUAUGGUCAACCACCAACUUCUGGUUAUAAUCAGCAAGGUUCUUAUGGAGAAUCAAAUUAUGCUCAGCCACCUGCUGGGCAACAAGGCUAUCCGCAGGAUGGUUAUGGUGGUGGUUACCAUGCACCAGCACCUCAACCAGGGUAUGGGCAGCCGCAAUCAAAUCCACAGCCAGGAUAUGACCAGCCACAAAGCUAUUCAUCAGGACCAACCUAUGGAAGUGUGGGUACCACAGCACAAGAUGGAACUGCAGCAUCUUAUGGAGCACAAGGGGGUCCUACCCAAGUUCCUGCAGGACAAGUCCCUCCACCUGUACCACCUCCAGCUGCACCCCAGCAAGGAUAUACUGGUCAACAGCCAAAUAACACACCCCCAAGCUAUCCCUCACAGCAGCCGGGUUAUGGAAUGCCCCCAACUUCACAGCCAGGUUAUGGAAACCAACCACAGACUGGCUAUGGGCAGUCUACACCGCUUACCCAGCCAAGCUAUGUACCACCUCAGUCUCAGAAGGCACCUCCUAGUCAACCGUAUGGACAGGCCCAGCAGCAGCCUCCAACCACCCAGGGAGCAUAUGUUCAGCCAGUAGCUGGUCAACCCAGUUAUUCGCAUUCCCAGCCACCUCCAACACAAUCAGGCUAUGCUCAACCAGAUCAUCGUGCUCCACCAUCUGGCUUUGGGUCAGCUGGUCCUCAGGCAGGCUAUGGCCAGCAGCCUUAUGGUGUACCACCAGCAUCUGCUCAGCCUGGUUAUGGGCAGCAGCAGCAGCAGCCGCCGGCGGCAUACAGUGAUUCCUAUGGUGGUGGUUAUUCACAGCCUUCUGCUUAUUCUACUGACAGUGCUGCUGGAGGGAGUGUUCAUGGGACUUACGAUGCAGCUCCAGGUUCUCAGGCUGUUCCGCCUGUUCAGCAGAGUGGUGUUGCAAAAGCCUCCCCUCAAAGUUGAUAUUUUGUGGUUAGAAUUACCUUGCUGAUUUAUUAUUGGAUGUGUUCUGAAUACAAGUCUUAGGUUAGGUUUAGGGAUAUUUCAGCAGGUGGUGGGCAAAGUCGGUUAGUUGGCUUAUUUUGUUGGGAUUGUUGAGUUGUUUUUUAUGAUUGAACCUGAUUUUUAGCUGCUGUAUUACAAGUCAUGUUUGGCAGGGCUUAAAACAAGUGUUAGCGUUUAUUGCAUUUUACAAGCCAAAAGCAAACGCAAAAAGUGUUUAGUGGAAUAGCAGUAGGGAGCCCAUUAGAAAAAUUCAAGAAGAGCUUGUAUUCCAUCCUGGUUUUGCCCAUUUAAAUUUUUCUUAA